AAAAUGUCAAAUAACAUGACAAGCGGGCUUUUGACAUCGUCCUUUGUCUGUUAUUGUACAUGUAUGUUCCUUGUUCCUCCAGUUAAUUGCUGCAUUGUAUUCUGGUAAAUCAAAAUAGCAGUUGUUUCUCAACGCUUCGGUAUCAUGGGUGGUGAUUUAUUUUACUACUUCUAGGUCUGUGAACUAUUUUUCUCGUUUCAGAUUGACAUUUACAAGUUCGCUGAUAGGGGUAGUUACUUAGUGUCACGCAACAUGGAAGUGAAUGAAAAUAGAGUCAGAUGUUUGCAACAGUGGGUAGAGCACAUUAUUCCGUCCAGCAGUGAUAGAGAUGUUCGGGAGUGGCGAACGCUUCUGCAGCUCAUUGAUCUAUGGAUUCAAGUAUGAGCACUGUUAUAAACAAUGAAGAUAUACCCAAAACAGUACACGAUAUUUUGUCAGAUUUCUUCUCUGUUGAUCUUAACUCUAUUUUCCCUACAAAUGCGGAUGAUAGUCGCGGACAUACUUACCGACAUUAUUGUUUUUUGUUGCUGGUUUUGACUAUGGGUCUGCGCUUGAAGUCCACACUAUUUAUGAGUGCAGCAUUCAAGCUUCCUAGCUCAAUGCAUUAUCAUAUUGUUGAGAUGACUCAACCUCUUAUUGAAGAUUGCCCAAUCUCGAUGACUUCUUUUGAAGCGUUAAGCUUAGAUUUAGAAAAUCACCCAGUGACACCCAUUCACCAGAGCAAAAAUAUAAAGGCUCCUUUGACUUGUCCUAUUAAUUCAAAAGUACCCAUAUUAUCGUUUGGACACAAUGAAUUAAGUGUAACUGAUCCUGAACUUACUUUUGGUGAUACAUAUUCCGGAAAUGAACUUUCUUACAGAUUUACUGGUCACUCCUUCUAUCCACCUCCACAAACCUUUUUUGAAUCUCCUCAUGUCCGCAAAGGAAAAAGCUGUGUCACAAAAUCUGGGUUUGGAAAUGAUUUCGAGUCGGAAAUCGACUCUCCUCUUUACUCAUUGAAAUCGAUUCUAGAGUCACCACAAGUUGUUCCUAAGGGCCAACUUUUAUCCAAAUUGGAUGAAAUUCGAUCCUUGUCUUCUAAGUUAUCUGAGGUCCAGCAUUUAUAUGAAGAAAACAUGUGUGAACUUAGUCGCCUGAGUUCUGAGUUGCAAGCUUCAGAAAUAAGGAGAAAAGAAACAGAGAUCCGCUUGAAGCGACGUGAAUCAGAGUUAAACGAAAUGCGUGAUGAAUUGGCUUAUGAAAUAGAAAUGCGUUCAUUUCACGAACAACGAUCUAAUCUUGUUGAUCAUCUACAGGAAAGUCUGAAUGAUGCUUUGGAAAAAUUAAAGGUAGUUAAUCAAUUGGACAAGGAGAAUCAGGAGCUUCUCAAAGAAAACCGCAAAUUGAAAACUAAGGAAAAAGAAUUGGAAAGUAUUCGUUCGCAUUUGUUAUCUCAACAAAAACUUGAACACCAACUUAAUCAAAUGAAAGUCGUUGCCCAGCUUGCAGAUAGUGAGAUACAUGAAUUAUUGUGCCAUCGCGAACGACUUCUAGCUAGAUCCGAAGCGGAAUACGUAGCACAGGCGAAUUCUUUAAUUCGUAACCAGGGUUCUACUUCGGAAACAAUAACUUCUCUGUGUAACAAGUGUUAUUCAUGUGAGAACUGUCCUGAAUCUGCACAUACAUUUCAUCCAAGCUUUGGUAAAGAAUUGCAACUUUCUAAUGCAGAUGUUUCAAACGCAGGUCCUGCUGAAAGUUUAGCUUCUGUGGUGAUGAUAAAUAAUCAGCUUCAGGAUCUUGAGUCAGCUGUUGUUAAGGCACAAACAGACUACCAAAUUAUGAGAAAGAAGUAUAUUGUAGAACGAUUUAACUCAUUGUUCGGAAAAGUCCUUGCAAAACACCGUGGCAGUAUAAUUAACAGCUUUCAAUAUUCAUGUGGGGUUUUGACAAGAGAACUUAAUAAUCUCAAAUCAAUGAUGGAUACUAGAUUCGAAAAACUCUGUGAAAAAAUUCUGAGUUCAGAAGCAAGGUUGACUCAAGCCAAUAAAAAAGUUACAGAGAUAAAAGCUAAGCAGAUAGAAAUGAUCAAUAAAUUAUAUGCUCAGAGAAAACAGCUUUAUAUUGAAAUGGACAAAAUACGAUUAGAAUCCGAGAUUGGCGUUCAUGAUUGGGAAAAUAAAGUGAAGUUACUUCAGACUGAAAAUUGUGAAUUGAAUGCCAAGGUAAACCGCCUGAAAGACAGUCUGGCAAUUUGUGUUUCCAAUUAUAAAUCAAUUAUCAACACUAUGUCGGAAGAGCAUCGUCGUGAAAAAGACCAAAUUAUAUCAAACCUGAAAUAUGCUCAAGAGACUAAGGAUAUUUCUUUACAAGAAACUGCCAAUUUAAAACUUUUACUAAAUAAUCUCAAAACUGAGCUAAUCGACGAAAAAGAAAAGGCUUCUCAGCUUUCAACCCUAUAUGAUAGAUUUAAAAGUGAAGUAGACGACCUACGUUGCAAUCUCUCUAAAACAAGGGAAGACUUAUUAGAAGUUGAAGAAAGCUUAGAAGUAAAAAAUGACGUAGUUCUAUCUCUGCAAUCAACAAACAAACAGUUAGAGGACAAACUUUUACUGACUGAAACUUCUUAUAAGCUGAAGGAAAAUGAGGUUUGCAGGUUGGUAUCUCAAAUUAUAGAAUUAGAAUCUAAAAAUAAACGAAGUUCUGAGAAAAUUACUGAGCUCGAAAAUUCAGCUAAGUCAUCCAGUCAUAUCCAAUCGGAUCUGGAGCAUCAUUUAGAAACCAUGAGAAUUCAACUUAAGGAAAUGGAAAGUGGAUGGUUGUCUACACGUGCACAGCUGGCUGAAACAAGGCAACAAUUAAUUAAGACAGAAGAGCUACUUCAUGAUACGAGGUUGAGUCUUUUACGAGCAAACUAUAAAAAAGCUGAAGUUUUAGAGCGCUUAACACUAACCGAACCAAAGAAUAGAAGAACCCAAUCGACAUUAGAUCUCACUUCUGAUAUAUCAUCUACAACAUAUAAUAAUGUAAGUACUGGAAUCAAGCUAGUUCAUUCGGAAUCAACAUCAGAUUUUUCUUGUAAAAAUAAACUUCUCAAUGUAGAAAUUCAAAAUAAUCUCAGUAAAAUUGAUCAUAUCGACACAGCAAGUAAGCCAGCUGGAAAAUCUUUUUCAGACAUUGCUUUUCAAAAGUAUGAUACACGUUCACAAAUAUCUUUAAAUAAUUUAUCUGGUAAUAUGAAAGGUUAGUCAGGUCGUAUUUUAUUUUCUACAAUAAUAUGUAUUAUUUCUGUUUAAACAGUUUUAUGUGCUUCGUCAUGACGUUAAGUCGUAUAAAUUUAUAGAUAAGUUAUCAUUUUAUCCAGAUUUUACUCAAGACACUUCCUUUCUCGACAUCAUGUGUGUUUGUAGUAUUUUUCUACUUAUUAUCACGUAAUUGAAAUUGUAGACGUGAAAUAAUCUUUUAAUUAAAGUCGGUUAAUGGUUAUCAUUGGACUUUUCCGCUGGAUAUCCAUGAAUCCCAGUGAUGUUCACACCGUUAUUCAAGUGCUGGUACCUUUCUCUUCGAAUGUCAACGCUUUAUCCAUUGAACUUCUGAGUUCAGAGGGUCACUAGCUUGUGCAACGGGUAUGAGUAAUACAUGUAAGGGGCUGUAAUGGAGACUGCAGUUGAUCAGUCUAUGUUGGCAUAUGGGCAUCCUGAGAGAGUUGCCUGGAUAUUGUUAUUUAGUCACAAAUAUUUAGUAAAGUUGGGUAGUAACUGGUAUUCAAGUAUGAUCAAUUGCAGUCUUUGACACCAAACAGAGAAAACGCAAACCCUUAGAAGCUGAAAUAAUUUGUUCAGCUUUUUGACUCAAAUGAUCAUGAUAAGGGAGAUUGAAAAUUCGUUAAUUAACAUCAAUUCUUAAUUGACCAAUCUUUUGUUGCAUGAAAUGAAUCACACAGAGAAAACACUCAAAUGCGUGUACAAACGAAAUUGUUUAAAGCAGAUCAAUCUUUGACGUACAGUUUUCUUCUUAGAUUAGUAAAUUACAAGUUUCAAUGCAAGAUAUGUGCACUCGAGCACCUUUAUUGGUUUAACACUGAUCUUUUUUGAAUUCAUGUUUUUGAACUAUAAGUAAUUCUUUGUUAUUAAUUGAAGAAUGGCCUCCUUAUUCAUCCAUUACUGCUCCAGUUAGUCCUGGUGGAUUACAAAAAGAAAAUCACAAAACAUUGUCUGGUACGUCUAUACCAUUUCAUAGUUGUCGCAUUGGUCGUCUGAUUAUUUCACCUGAUGGAGAUGAAGCAAACGAACUAAAGCCAUUCACUUAUCAAAUGUCACACAAACUUUACUCUGGUCCAUCGAAGACAGAAAACGAGAAUCAGAUAAUUGAAAUGGAGCUGAAUACGCCUGCUACAAGCAUAUCAACUGAACAUGAAAAGCAACCUAAUUCAGAAUCCGUCUCACUAACUUUACCAUAUAUACCUGAAACUCCUGCGUAUAUGUUGAACAAUCUUUCUCGAAGUCGCAGUGCUUAUGAGAUUGCUACAGUACCACUUUCGUGCAAUAGUGAUCUCUCUACCAAAAACACAUUGUCGUCCACAUCAAAUUGUUCAAUUCCUACGAAUAAUGACAGACCGAAGUUUAAGUAUGGUAGGUGGGUUUCCAAAAGACUUCACAAACGUUCGAAGCAUGGAGUUUCGCAAGAUCUAAAGAUUGAAGGUGGUCGAUUCUUGGGGCCUUAUCCGCCAAGUACUAACGACGUUCAGAGAAGUAAGGAAUUAAAAGAAGAUAAUUCUGCUAACAAGUCGACGUGGCAUAAAGUAUGGUCAAAAUACAAGUAAUGGAUUAUCAAACAAGUUUUUAUUGUACAUAUUUCUUUAGUUUAAAAUUAUAUUACAGUUUUUAACAU